AUGGCGACUGUUCUCGUCCAGCAGCAAGCGCUGCACCACUCGACCCCUCCUCCUUCCCCUAUUCCUUCCGCCUUGACAGUCAACCGACGAUCAAGUCCCAUCCCGAAUAAGCAUAUUCCAAUAUGCCCCACCGGUCCAUCUCCACCAAGCCCCUCCCUGCAGUCAAUAAUCGCUCCAAAUGACGGAACCUCAUCAUUACUAUCACCGCCAGACGAGUCCAUGCGCAUUGGUCGUCCGACAUCACCCGCCGUUUAUGCAAUCGACGGCGUUCGACUUGCAGCUGCGAUAGCCCAUGCCGCGUCGCAACCCUUGCCCGACGCGAACCUCAUGUUCCCAUGGCUACACGGCCUUCAUCAAGACAACCACCUGCAGUUAGGAUUCUUCUCAAGUCGCAAGCGCCAUGCGCGCCGCACACCAAAAUGCUGGCGAGGAAUCACCGUGGUGAAACUUGGGGGCGACUUGUCCAAGGCGCGCAUCAAGGGCGCAGUUGCUGUGAAUGAGGUGCUAGCCCCUUCAUCUCGGUUCUUGCUUGCGGAUCCUCCAGAGGGGUUCUCUGUCCGCAACUUCCAAAUCCAAACGGCCAAGCUCGCUGCGAUGUCCGAUAUAGUGAUCUAUGCCGAAGAUGAUGGUUGUCAAAAAGAACUUGUAGACUUGGCCAACCAGUUUGCGAUGGCGCAGCAGGCAUGGAGACUCAAGAUGGAUCCUCUGCAGGAGCGACCAACUUACAACACGUUUAUACUUGCCGAUCAAUUUUCCGAUGUUGCGGCAAAUCAGCCCGAGCUUAUUGCCAUUGAUGCAAAAGGCCAAUUAACGGGACGAACCAUGGAUUUCGUUCAAUGGGAACGUUUGGAAAUGGCGACUAUGUCUCGAGCAUCCGAAAUAUCGUCCAACGUCUGGCUUGGAAACACCCCCGAUUACUUCCACUUGUCAAGAACCUCAAGAGAGGAGACUUAUGAUCUUCUUAUCGAGGCAAGUGAUAUGGCCAACAUUCCCGGACCCCGGUACCUUGCCAUGCUCGACAAGCAACUCGAAAAUGGCCCCCAGCGAAUGGAGUUUCCCUCAUCAGGCUCUCUUUUGCUCCCAUCGGGUAACACCCGCGAGGCCGAAGACAUAGUUAACACCAUUCGAUGGAUCUACUAUCUUGCCCAUCCAGAACCUCAGACCGAAGAGCUAGAUGGUGACGGGGACACCCCAAUGAUCACCCAAAGGGGGAAUUCCCGAAAGGUCCUCAUCCACUGCGCUGACGGUUAUACCGAAAGUUCAUUGUUGGCAGUGGCAUACUUCAUGUUUGCGGAAGGUGUACCUGCUCACGAGGCUUGGCUACGACUGCAUCGCGAGAAGAAACGAAACUUCUUUGCCUAUCCGACGGAUGUCGCAUUCCUGUGUCACAUCCAGGGCCGUCUCCUACAAGAAAGCCCGGCAGUACAGUCCCCGGACCUUUCAAAGGCGUUGGAUCCUGCUUGGUUCCAUGCAAUCGAUGGCUCCUUCCCUAGCCGUAUUCUGCCCUAUCUGUAUUUGGGUAAUCUGACUCAUGCGAAUAAUCCAGAGCUUCUGUGGGAACUUGGCAUCAAGCGUGUCCUCAGUAUCGGAGAGGCUGUCAACUGGACAGAGACAGACCGCGCCAGCUGGGGUGCUGAGAAUAUGAUGUACAUCGACAACGUUCAGGAUAACGGCAUUGAUCCUCUGUGUCAGGAGUUCGAUCGCUGCUUGGAGUUCAUCGAAAAAGGAAAGCGUGAUGGAACAGCUACAUUGGUACAUUGUCGAGUCGGAGUUUCUAGAUCCGCAAGUAUUUGCAUUGCCGAAGUCAUGGCGUCCAAGCAACUUUCUUUCUCAAGAGCAUACUGUUUUGUCCGCGCACGACGACUAAAUGUCAUAAUUCAGCCUCAUCUGCGCUUUGUUUAUGAACUCCUGCAGUGGGAGGAACAUCAAAUGAAAAAGCGAGGCCAACCGAUCAAACGUGAACUCGAAUGGCAACAUGUCACACGAGAGAUCGCCCUUCUCAACAAGCCCUACUCGAGAAAUUAG